CUGCGCUAGGUUUCGAGCAAAACAUAUACUAUGUGUCGACUUUAUAAUGCGUGACUUGUCGUUAUAUUUCACUUAUUCGUAGUAUUUCAGCAAAUCGCGCUUGUCUACGCCACUACCGUUCCCAAAUGCAUCGGGUCUCACCGAAAGUCAGCUUCAGGAGCUGUUGCAGUGGGUGAACGACGAGAAGGAUGCGAGAGAUUCUCUGCAGAAUUUGGCCACUCGUCUCCAUGGUGAUGUGGAGUCGCUGAAGAUGCAGCAGUCUUCGUCCACCAACAAUCGUCCCUCCUACUCCAACGGGCUCCAGGCAGUGGCCAGUGCAUCGGAACGUGGUGGAUGGGGUUCACGGCGCGUUAAUAAACAGACAAAAAUUGAGCUACUCGAAGCGCAGCAAGCUUUGCAAUCCGAGAUCCGUGCUAAGCAGCAGCUUCAAGAAGAGCUGAAAAAGAUUCGCUCUGCAUAUCUGGCAACGAAGCAACGCCUGGACGAAACGGACAAAAAACUCGGUGCGAAAGAUCGUGAGAUUGAGCGCCUGACCGAUGAGAAAGAGCAGAUAUCACGAAUUAUAUCGCAGCAUUCUGAUUACACCGAUCAGAACGACUCCUUCUUCACCGUCGUUACUGAUCCUAGCAGUGACAGACUUUCUUCAGGUUUGCAUUCGUAGCU